AGGGAGUUUCCAUUCAGUCUAUCUUUGUUCCUGCUUGCCUCGUCCGUGCUUUCCGCCAUCUCCUCUUCUUUCUUCUUCUCAAAAUGCAACGCUCAUAUUGGACCGUGUUUGGCGUGCUCGUGCUGGUGGCGACCGCCCUCGCACAGUCAACCACCGAUCUCCCUGUUUUGUCCUCGUCCGAAGCUGCCGCAGCUUCUAGUUCCAUCCUCUCAGUGCCUGCCGACUCCUCCUCCUUCUCUUCCAGCGUGCCUGCCAGCAAUAUUGAUUCCAGCAGCUCCAUUCCGGCAAUCGCGUCGUCUGCUGUAUCGUCCACUGGCGCCGCAUUGCCAUCAGCAACGCCUGGCCUGGCCAACUGCUCGUUUGUUGACGGUUUUGUCUUCCGCGGUUCGCACGCCCUGACGCUCAACCGCGCCGGCUCCAUCUUCACCUCUGUGUUCUGGAAUGAAGAUGCCUGGGAUACUCGUCUCGACACGGAUUUUGUGGCAGUCGUCGGUGCUGUGGAGGGCAACAUUGCGGAUGUGUUCAACAACACUCGCGGCAACGGUGGCCACAUUGACCUGCACAAGUCGAGCUCGUGGUCCAACACCAACGGCGUUCAGGUGAACACACAAAACGUGAUUGGCGGCGACGGCGGUCCUGGUGUUGGUGUGAUGCGUACCGACUACCAGUCCAUUACGAGUGCUCGUCUCCGCAACCCCCUGUUGAUCUCCGACGAUAAGCCUGGCGUGAUUGAUUUCUACACGUCGAUGUAUGUGUCUCUUGGCCAGUUCUGGCAAGUUUCCAUUACCCCCGCUGGCAACGCCUCGGUUGUUGGUGCAGAGUUUACCGUCAUGCCUUCCGCAGCCGAUGCCUCCUGCAAGUCCACUGCUCAACAAACAUGCCCCUCGGGUCAAGGUCGUCGUCCCGCCGAAGAUUCGAUCAACCUGAUUGCCAUCGGCACCAGCGAUGAUGCCUGCAACAGCAACAGCUCCUGGUUGGCGCAUCUGCUGAUUCAAAGCUCGAUUGGCGGCAACAAGGUCGAAUCGUCUCUUCCCAUCGACUACAGCUCUGGCGUGCCGACAAACUUGUACAAGACUUCGCCAACGAAGGCGGGUCAGCUCGACCACAUCCAAGUCCGCUAUUUCUCGUCCAGGAUUGAGGUUUGGGCUGCACUGAACGGUGGCUCCUUGGUUCUCUUGCAGUCGCACCCUGUCGUUGUCCCUUGGUCGGAGGUGCACGUUCACCUCAUCAGCACCGCGUACCAGACUGACAUCCACCCAGCUGCUGUUUGCUGGGCGAGCAAGGUUCGCGACUUUCUCUGGAAGGGCUUCCAAGCGAGCCCGCUCAAGCAUGGCCGCGUCGAAAUCUGGCCCAAGAUCACUGGCAGCAUUCAAAAUGUCCCCAAGCAGUCCGGUCUGACUGGAUUUGAUCUGCGUGCCAUCGACUAUGCAGGCCAAGAGCCGUUCAACAACCUGGCCAACGUCAAUCUCGACCGCUACCAGUUUGAGAACUGCACGUUCAAGUGCUACGCCUACUGUGCCGGCUAUGAUUGGUGCCAGACUGCCAAGGUCGCCGAAAACGGUCUUGUGGACGUUGCCAUCCAAGUCCCCACCGUGCCCGCCGGUCAAACCAUCGAGUCGGUCCGCCUCGUGUACGACAUUCGCAACUACCGCUGCUCCAACAUCAACCUCGGUGAGCUACUGCUGCCGAACGGCGCUGGUGUUCCCGGCAACAACAACAAUCCCAACUCGUUCAACGACACUGUGACUCCCCCGCAAGACUCUGGCAACUCCACCGUGGGCAAUUCGACCAUGCUCACUUCAGCUACUGCCGACCCGAGUGCGACUGCCGUUCCUGUUUCGCCUUCCGCGCCCCUCGCCCCUUCCACGGCAGACUUUUACCGCAUGCUCCCCAACGGCAGCGGCUGGCGCAAGGACGGCAGCCUGUAUCACGGCGCGGUUACUUGCUCCACCGACAAUGUGACUGGUAACGUGUCGUUUGCCCUCAACUCGGAGACCACCUUUGUUAACCUGCCGGGCGGUGAGACCAUUCGCUACUUCCUUACCAACGGCGCUGCUGGCGAGCAGUGGGUUCACCGCUCGGUCGAUGUGCCCGUCAGCCAGCUCAACUUUGGCGACGGCGCCACCAACACGCUUCACCUUCGCUUCAACGGCCAGGUGCUGAUUGAUCGCAUUCACUUUGAGUUCAACUACGGCUGCACUGGUCAGACGUGGUCCCCUCCGCUCUCUUCGAUCGGCGCCUCCAGCGCGAUUGCCACCAAGCCCGCGACGGCGUCCGGCAGCGCGUCGAACAUUCCCUCCAUUCCCAACGCUUCGGCCACGUCCAAGGCUAACACUGGCCCGGCUAUCACUCAAACCGGCUCUGUCGAAGGCAGUGCUGCUUCCAGUCUGAUUGCUUCCUCCGGCCUGGCCCUGUGCAUGCUCGUCCUCGCCGUGUUUGGCGUCUUUGCUUAAGGAGCCUGUCGUUUCGAUGGUGCAUGUAGCGCGUAGCGAGUGCCUGUGUGUUGUCGGAUACCUUUCCAUGUCCUACUAUCGCCCCCGCUAUUUGUGUGUAUGCUUGUGGUGUAAAGGCUAUGUAACAAAUCCAAAGUACAGUAUUGAUGCAAGUUUUGUCAAUCCCAGCUUUCUUGCUCACUCACG